AUGGGCGCGGCGAAAGUGCUCGUGGUCGGCUGCGGGGGGCUGGGGAACGAAGUUGUGAAAAAUCUCAUCUACCAAAAUGUAAAAGACAUUACCCUCGUGGACCACGACACAGUUGAGCUGAGCAACAUAAGCAGGCAGUUCUUUUUCUCUCAUGAGGACAUUGGAAGAAGCAAAGCAGUGGUGAUUGAGGAGAAGGUAAAGGAGAGGUACCCCCACAUGAGCAUCACUUCCUUUGUGAAAGACGUGGAAUCAUUUGACAUUCAUUUUUUUGAAAGCUUCGAUUACAUAAUGGGGUGCCUAGACAACAUAAGCAGUCGGAUGUUCCUAAAUAAUUUGGUUUUCACUUUGAGGAGGGAUGUCAUUUACAUCGAUGGGGGAGUGGAGGGUCUUCGGGGGAGCGUAAAGGUCGUGGACCGGUGCAGCCACUUCGCCUGUGUGCAGUGCACCUUGGGGAACUACGCCACAGGGGGAGAGCAGCCAGGGGGGCAGCGCGAGGGCGACGUAGACGGUGACGGCGUGCCCCUACCCGUGUGCUCCAUCGCGGGACGGCCAACGAACUUCACCCACUGCGUCCUUCACUCCAUGCACGUGGCAUUCGAGCAACUCAGGGGGAAAAAACCCAACGUAAGCGACAGGACCCACGUGCUGUGGAUUCACGAGGAAGCCAAAAAGAGAGCUACCCAAUAUCGGAUCGACCACGAGGACUAUCACGUGACGAGACAGAUUGUGCAGAACACCAUCCCCACAACAAUCAGCACGUUGAUGGUUACAUCUUCUAUAAUGACCACCGAAAUGCACACCGUUGCUUCGCAAAUGGGUAGAGGAGAGCUACAAGAGGUGUCCCCCCGCACACACCAUCACAGCGACGUCCUCUAUGUGGGGGAAAAGGGGUUCUACCUUCUACAUUACAAGAUGUUUAAGAACCCACAGUGCAUCAUAUGUAGUAGGAAACGGAUUCAUAUUACUUUUAAGCGAAGCGAUACGUUCGGUCAGCUUGUUAGAUGCAUUCGGAGGGACUACGGCGUUGACCGCAUCAGCGUUUCCACCGAGUCCGCCAUUUUGUUCUUCGCGGCAGGGUGCCUUGUGGGGAGGGGCUACGAGCGGAGGCUCAGCGCCACCUUCGCGCAGCUCCUGGACAGGGGCGAGCUGCGCGAGCGCGACUACUUGAAUGUGCAGGCGGGCGGCGCGCCCAGCUUCGUCUUCCUCCUCGACGUGGAGUGA